AUGGGCGCCUCCCGGCCCGGUGGCAGUUGGGGCCGUGAGGGGCCGGGCGGCACCGGGAGGGCAGUGGGUCUCCAGCCCCGCUCCUGCAGCGGCUUCCUGUCACGGAAAUACCCGGUAGACAACAGGACCAAACGUUCCUCCUCGGGUCAGCAGUGCCAGCUGCUCGGUCCCUGUCCUGGCCGACAACGUGCCUCCUCUGCGGUGCGCCCUUUCCCGGGCGGGGGUGACUCCCGAGGUGCCGAGCCCGCCCCUCCGGCCCUGUCCGGGGGAGGGAAGGAGAGAGGGGAGGGAGGGAAGGAGGGAGGGAGGCCGGGCGAGGGGCGGCCCGGCUCCCCGCACCGCGACAAGCAGCGGCAGCACCGGCGGCAGCCCGCGUCCCGCCGGCGGCGGGGGCAGGCGCUGCUGCGGGAGAGCAUCCAGGUGCUGCGCAGCCGCCACCGCGCCGAGCCGCGGGGGCCGCCCCGCCACCAGCCGCCGCAGCAGCUCCUGCUGCCGCCCGGCCUGCUGGGGGGCGGCGGGCGGGCGGCCCCCCCGCAGCACCGCGCCGAGUUCUUCCUCGGCGGCGCCCUGGAGGUCAUUUGCCAGGCCUGGCUCCGCGACCUGCUCCUGGCCCGCCGCGCCCCGGCCUGGCUCCGCCGCCGCUACACGCAGCUGCGCUACGAGGACUUGGUGCGGGAGCCCCGCGCCCAGCUGCGCCGCCUGCUCCGCUUCGCCGGGCUGCCGGUGCCGCCCGCCCUGGAGGCCUUCGUCCUCAACAUGACCCGCGGCGCCGCCUACUCCUCCGACCGGCCCUUCCUCAUCUCCCCCCGCGACGCGCGGGAGGCCAUCCACGCCUGGCGGGAGCGCCUCAGCCGGCAGCAGGUGCGGCAGGUGGAGGCCGCCUGCGGCGAGGCCAUGAGCCUCCUCGCCUACCCCCUCAGCGCCGGCGACGCCCGGUAGCGCUCCCGCCGCCAGGUGAGGGCCGGGGCCGGGAGCGGCGGGGAGUGCGCUGAGGAUAGGCCCGAGGGUGGGCGGAUGGACGGACGGACGGACAGCAGGGCCUGGCCCUGGCCUUGGUGUGGCGGCCUG